GGAAGAGUGGCCUGUCCCGUUUUGAUCCACACAGUCUGGUCACAUCUCACCGACCAGUCAUGGUUUCGCGGUGCUACACCUGAGCGAUUACAUUCAUUUAUCCUAUGAUACGAGGGUGGCGCAAAGGUAAGAAAUGACCCGUUGGGACGUUGUUCAGAUUUUUUUGGGGGGAUGGAAUCCCGCCUUGCUGUGCGGUGUGUGACGUCAGUGAGAGCGGCUCACUUAAGGACUUGAACAGACGUGAGUUCGAUAUCAGGACACGCGCAGAAUUUACCUGGGGAGAAAAGGGGAUGAAGUAACGAUUGACAUUAUUUUUUUUUUUUAACGCAAGACAAGUGCUAAAUGGCCCAUAAUAAAACCGAUAUGGUAGAAAUGUGGUCAAUGUUCCGUAACAUAUCGUAUAUGGCAGAAAUGUGACCAAUGUCCCGUAACAUAGCUGAUAUGGUAGAAGUGUGGCCAAUGUCCCGUAACAUAACUGAUAUGGUAGAAGUGUGGUCAAUGUCCCGUAACAUAGCCGAUAUUCUAGAAAUGUGGUCAAUGUCCGUAAUAUAGCUGACAUAUUAGAGAAGUGUCCAAUGUCCCGCGGUAUAGUCGACAUGGUAGAAAGGUGGCCAAUAUCCCGUAACAUAGCCGAAAUGGUAGAAGAGAUAUCAAUGUUCUAGUGACGGCCGAUAUGGUAGAAAAGUCCUCAUUGUCCCUUUAAAUAGCGGAUGUGAAGGAAAUGUGCUCAAUUUUCGGUAACAUAUCUGAUGUGGUAUAAAAGUGUACAAUGUCCCAUAACAUUGCCGACUGGGUAGAAUGACUUGGGUAUGUGUUUGCAGUAUCUUAUCACUCCAUCCACGUCCACACUCCAGCCCUCUCCACCCGACCCCACUCCCUCUUCACUAUAUUGUAUAUUCAUUUCCUUCCUGAUUCCGCCUUUGUAUGAAAGAAAUGCACCAACGUUUGCCAGCACAUCCCACCCUAUCUACCCCCCUCCCCCCUGUAUCAGCCCCUUUCCCAUUUAUGAACACGUCGCUGUUAUUAAAUAUAUUUAAUAAAUAUAUAAGAAUGAGCUAGGUUUAAAUAACGCCAAAAGUGAGAAACUUUUUAAGUACGUUCGGAUUCCUAAAAACAAUUAUAGUUAUUUUCUAUUAUUUUAUGGAAAUCGAAUAAAUUUACAUGCGCAAAAAAAAAUAUUUUAAAUCCGCUUUUAUUUUUUUAAAUGUUAAAGUAUUAUUAUUGUAAAUUACAAAUACAUUUAAAGUAUCAACUAAGGAACUAUUUUCAGCAUUUUAUAUGUGUUUGAAAGUUAUGAAAACAUUAAAAAAAAAAAGGAAUUAAAUCAUGAUCAAAGAAUUACGCCGUAAUCACAUUUAUCGGGAAAACCCAAGCAUCAGUCGUCUUUAGUGCGUCUUUUAGUGCGUCUUUAAUAUUGGGAACUAAAAUUAAAAUCAAUUUGUUCUAAAUAAUCACGCCAAUGACGUCAUAGCGCGAAAAACCUAUUUCCCCAAAACUCUUGGGUUACUUAAAAAUUAAUUAACGUGUGUAACAAAACUGAUAAUGUAUUAUCCCCUUUUAAAAGUAAACUUAAUAAUUACCAUUUUUGCUUUUUAAAUUGCUAAUAAAACACACACACACACACACACACAGUUUAGCUUUAUAUCUUUUAACAUUUAAAAAGUUGUGCCUUUUCUUAUUCCAAAAAUAUAUUUUUAUUAAAAUUGUUACGUAAUAACUACUAACCUUUAAAUAUAAUUCAAUAAGUGCAGCACAACCCCAUAGCCAAAUAACAUUUUCUAAUCAAUCCACUUAUGACUCAUACAAAAAAAGAUGGAACCGUGUAAAGAGCAAAUUGUUAUUUUGGGUGUGGAGGGACUACAAUCCAGCGGAAGAUUUUCUAAAUUUAUUUAAAUCUGGGUGAGGGGUUGUUCUCUUUGCCCCAGGCGUAACAAGAUACAUCUAAAAAAAAAAAAAAAAAAAAGAAUUUGAUAAAUAAUUAACAUUUUUGGGUAUAUUCAUAUCGUCAGUAGCUUAUAGAAUGUUUAAAAUUUGAAGUGAAUAAAAAUUAAAGAGCAAAUUGUUAUUUUGGGGGGGGAGGGACUACAAUCCAGCGGAAGAUUUUCUAAAUUUAUUUAAAUCUGGGUGAGGGGUUGUUCUCUUUGCCCCAGGCGUAACAAAAAACAUCUAAAAAAAAAAAAAAAAAAGAAUGAAUUUGAUAAAUAAUUAACAUUUUUGGGUACAUUCAUAUCGGCAGUAGCUUAUAGGAUGUGUACAAUUUGACGUGGAUGACAAUUUAUUUAAAUCCUAUGGUAUUACAUAAUUUGUGAAAAGAGAUAUGCCCCAUUCUCUUUUUUAAAAAUGUGUGUAUGUUCAUUUUGCUCAAGGCAGCACAAGAUAAGUCUCAAAAUAAAGGAAUGGAUUUGAUAAAUAAUUAACUUUCUAGGGUAAAUACAUGUCGGAGGUAGGAAAUAAGAUGUGUAUAUGUUUAUGUGGAUGCCAAUGUGGGUAACUCCUAUGGGAUUUCAUUUGUGAAAAAUAGAUGUUACAUUCUCUUUUUAAAAAUAUGAGUAAGUUCAUUUUGCUAGAAUAAACGACCGGAUGUUAUCGGGAUAAUAAUGGUAGGUCCUGUGCGAUAAUUUCUAACUGCUAUUACAAAAACUCAUCACACUCUAUAACUUUAAAAAUAUAAUGAUAUUUACGUUUCUAACUUAAUUAAGUUUUGAGAACUAUUUAUCUGCUCUAUAUUAUACGCCUACCUUACCCCUUUUCACGCUCUUAAAUUACAUUUUUUCCCUUUAAACACGACAUUAAAUUAGCCAGUCUGAGUUAUCACUAAUUAAUUCACUUCUGUCACUAAAGAAGUACAUUGAGUGACAAUGACUACGCUAGAGAAAUACUUUAGAUUUACAUGUGAAUAUAUUAUAAAGAGUCCAGGUAAAAAACUAAAAUAUUAGGCCAAAAUAGCCAUAAAUUACCUUUAAGAAGUACGUAAAUAAUAGAGAGAAAUAUUUUUUAUUAACCUCUAGUAAAAAAAAAUAAAAUUAAUUCACCGUAUAUUCCAAAUAGACACGUCUCUUAAAAAAAAAAAAUCAGUUUUCCAUGACAGUUUUUUUUUGUUUUUGUUUUUUGAAUAGUUUAAUUAAAAUUUCUUUUAUUACAAUUUGCGUUUUCAAUAACCAACAAUACACCCACACACGUACAAAAGAGGAAUCGAACACGAUUCAUUCGCGUCUCUGACGAGAUUAAUACCAAUACAAAAAAACACAGUGUGAGGAGAAAUCGAAGAACUUAGGAUAGAUUUUUUUUUUUUAAACGCGUCUGCAGGCUAUAAAAAUAUGUGCAGUUACGAGAGAUUAGAACAUUACUUAAAACUUUUACAUUGAUACCGUUGACCCUAGAAGGAGGGUGGGGCGUACGGUCAUCAUUAUAUGGCUAAAAGAGAUGUUGUUUGUACCGGUACAUUGUACACUUGGUCAUAAUAUGAUGAGUAACCACCUCUUGUACUGCUGCACUGUGAGAGUGUUGAUAACGCGCUUAGAAGCCACGUUAUGCAAGGAGGCCAGUACAUGGUUAGAAACAAUUUUUUUUAUACCGGUACAGUAUCAACUUGGUUGAUUCCGGGCAACUAGGAAUCAGCCAAUGGAUACAAAUGACAAUAGGAAUCAUCCUUGAUACCUGGAUGAAGAAUCGGCAUUCUUAUCCUACACUGUCCUUUUUUUAAUUUUAAAACAACAAAAAUCUCUUUGCGCUCGAAAGGCAAUAACUGCCGUAUUAGUAGUACAAGAUAAAAUCUGUGAGAAGAACAUAAAAAUAUGUUUUUGUUUUAUAAGUAAUUUUUUUUUUAGAUACAAAAAUACAUUUUUCGACGUAAUUAUGUCUACAGUUGAUUGAACGUUAGUAAUACGAACAAAUCCACAUCUGAUUUUGUCUCUAAUCGCCUUAAUUUACAAAAGUGUGCAUGUGUAGGGUGUGUGUGUAUGUGUGCAUAAAGCUAAUUCAAAUAUCAAACACUAGAUUCCGGAUUAAAGCAACUGGGUGACCCCUAGGCGGUUGAUAUUGUGGCGACCCGGUGGAGAAAGUAUUUAUUAUGUCUUAUCAGCCAAGUUGAGUUUGAGUUAAAAUUUUGCUCUAUAAAAUAGGUCUGAUGAAUGAAGCAAAACUUUUUUUCCUCCAAUUUUCUUAACUUUAUUAGAGAUAUUUAUGACGUCAAUGUAAAUAGGAAACAGCUAUGUAAAUAAAAAAAAAUUUUAUUUGUGAUCCAUGCACUUCAAAUACUCUCUUACUGACAUGUCACAACACUCGCCAUCUAUGCACUCCAAUUACUGACUUACUGACAUGUCAGAACACUUGCCAUGUAUGCACUUCAACUACUGUCUUACUGACAUGUCACAACACUCGCCAUCUAUGCACUUCAACUACUGUCUUACUGACACGUCAGCUUGCUGGUCCUUAAUUGAUGAAAGAUCAACAAAGUUGUCAACCGUGAAUUGACACACAGUUUGUAAAGUGUUUGACCUAAAUCAACUUGCUGAUAAAAGUCCGGAAAGUUUCUACAAUGUCAUGACAUGAUAAUACAUUCCCUUAAUGCAAUGAAUCUCAACCCUCCCAGAGGCCGCGACCCUUUAAUACAGUUCCUCAUGUCGCGGCGACACUUAACAACAAAGUUAAUUUCGUUGCUUCUUCGUAACUUUAGUUUAUCUGUAUUUUCCGACGGUCGUAUGCGACUCUUUGGAAAAGGGGCAUUCAACCCCAGAACAGGUUAUGAUCCACUUGCUUAAUGCUUAUGGAGCAAACAAAACACACACAAAUAAACCACUACAAAUAUGAUUUUGCGAUUCAUAUACUUGAUGGCGAUUUACUAAUACAGACAUUAGCCAAGGAUGGUUUCAUUGCUUUUGUAAAAAAAAAAUUAAAAUAUUUCGGUAAAAAAAAAUUGUGCUUAUCCAUUAACAUUUUAAAAAUUUAUUUUAUCGACUUGACAACAAUGGGGGUCAAUGCCGGAUUAAGACCUGUGGAUCAGCAUCGGCGGUUGAAAGUGCACCCCCUCCCCCAGUGUUUCACCUAAGGGGGGGGGCGAUCGAAAAUGAGGGCAAAUUUGGUUUCACCAAAAUAAGCCUCACCUUAUAUUUAUUGAUACAAACAAUGUGUUUUUGGUGGUGGUGUAGUGUUGGGGAAUUUAGCCAACGGGGGCGGCCUUUAUUUCAUCCACACCCCCAGCCCCCACACCACACCAAUGUUCUUUAAGAUGAGUUCGAAUCACCUUCUUAAAUUCUAAUAUAAACAUCAUUACUGGGACACACCACUGUACUUUUAAAAGAAAAUUACAUUAUUCUAUUGAUCCUCAGCUGCCACUCACUCCCCUCCCACCUCCCCCCCCCAAAUCCCUUUAACUGUGGCCGUCUAAGAAAAGGUUGACAUCUUUUGAUGUUCCACUUGAAGUUUUAUGUACUCCCCCCCCCCACCCAAAACUUCCCACCCCUAUACCCCACACCCUCGAAAUGAUGUGACUUGUUGCUUGUAGAGAUACCCGGGGUGCUUAAAAGUUCAAUUCAUCACGGCGAUCGGUCAAAAUGAGUACGUUCAAGAUUAAUUCAAAUCUCUCCUGCCACUCACCACACACUCACAAACCAUUUUUUUAAAAAAACGUCCCAUUUGCCUUAGGCUAAUCCGGCACUGCACAUGUGUAUAUGUUUAUGAGACAUGUGUGUAAUGUUGUUUUGUAAUGAGGUUUUAUUUUAAAGACAGGUAGCACAGGAAAAGGGCAAGUGGUUGACCCGUUCCGUCGAGUGUUCAAUUAACAACAAUAAAAGCAAUUGCACGUGGUUUUGUUUAUUUUUAAUUGUGGCGUCAUCUUAAAUUAUACGGAUUACCACUUGCACCAUCCCCCCUCCACCCCAAUCGACGGCAAGAAGGAGCAAUCAUAUCUAUAUUGCAAGCAGCUCCACGGCAACAAGGAGCAAUCAUAUCUAUAUUGCAAGCAGCUCCACGGCAACAAGCAGCAAUCAUAUCUAUAGUGCAAGCAGCUCGACGGCAACAAGGAGCAAUCAUAUCUAUAUUGCAAGCAGCUCCACGGCAAGAAGAAGCAAUCGUAUCUAUUUUAUAAGCAGCUCCAUGGCAACAAAGAGCAAUCAUAUCUAUAUUGCAAGCAGCUCCACGGCAAGAAGAAGCAAUCGUAUCUAUUUUACAAGCAGCUCCACGGCAACAAGGAGCAAUCAUAUCUAUAUUGCAAGCAGCUCGACGGCAACAAGGAGCAAUCAUAUCUAUUUUACAAGCAGCUCCACGGCAACAAGGAGCAAGCAUAUCUGUAUUACAAGCAAACCAGUGGCAAUGAAAUAAUGACAUGAUUUAUAAUCAGCUAUGUUCACUGCAUUGCCAUUUUUUAAAAUUGUAUAAUCAUCUGUGUUCACUGCGCUGAAAGUCCUUUAGUUAAAAAUUACAUGUUUUCAGUGCAAUGACAGUCUUUCUGUCUCAAUUCAGUCACUUCCCUUUCUUUGACCAAACACAUUUUAAUGCAUUAAAUUAUUGUUAGGUCUUUAGAUGGAACAAAUCGCUAGUGAUCGUUGGAAAUACUAUAUUGUAGUUGGUGGAAAAAAAUUAUUGGGCAGUGGGAACAAGUAGGUGGUUGGUUGAAUAUUAUCAGUUGAUUGGUGGAAAACUAUCAGGUGGGUGGUGGAGAACUAUUAGGUUGUUGGUGGAGUUAUAUCUAGUGGUUGGUGGAGUACUAUUAGUUGGUUUGUUGAACUCUAUCAGGUGGUUGAUGGAGAACUAUUAGGUUGUUGGUGGAGUUAUAUCUAGUGGUUGGUGGUGUACUAUUAGUUGGUUUGUUGAACUCUAUCAGGUGGUUGAUGGAGAACUAUUAGGUUGUUGGUGGAGUUAUAUCUAGUGGUUGGUGGUGUACUAUUAGUUGGUUUGUUGAACUCUAUCAGGUGGUUGAUGGAGAACUAUUAGGUUGUUGGUGGAGUUAUAUCUAGUGGUUGGUGGUGUACUAUUAGUUGGUUUGUUGAACUCUAUCAGGUGGUUGAUGGAGAACUAUUAGGUUGUUGGUGGAGUUAUAUCUAGUGGUUGGUGGUGUACUAUUAGUUGGUUUGUUGAACUCUAUCAGGUGGUUGAUGGAGAACUAUUAGGUUGUUGGUGGAGUUAUAUCUAGUGGUUGGUGGUGUACUAUUAGUUGGUUUGUUGAACUCUAUCAGGUGGUUGAUGGAUAACUAUUAGGUUGUGUGUGGAGUUAUAUCUAGUGGUUGGUGGUGUACUAUUAGUUGGUUUGUUGAACUCUAUCAGGUGGUUGAUGGAAUACUUUCCUCCUGUGUCUGUCAAUACCCGGUCAAUGUCUGCUUUAUUUCCCAGUCUAUGGUUUCAAGAUUAUUUCACAGACUUCCAAAAGCUUUUCUUAAGUUUUGAAAAAUGACGUCAUGGUAUUAUGUAAAUUGAGUUAGGGGAAAGAACUAUCUAUAAUACAACAUUCUUUUUAACAAAUCUUUGUUUUUUCCGGACAUAAGGAUUUUACAGAGAUUUGUUUGAAUCAGAAAUUGUAUUCUAAUUUAUUCUAAUUGAUUGAACAAUUUCGUUUAGAUCAGAUUUACUUUCGAACAAAAGUCCUUGGAUAAAAUUACUUUCCCAAAAAAUUGUUUUCGAAAAAUUCCCCCUAACAAUUAUCUUUACAGACCAGUUUACUCCUCAGAUUUCAGCGUAGUAUUCAGAGAAGGAUCUACCUUUUAACUUUCUAGGCCUAGGAAUACGGCACUACAAUGAUCCUAAAAUAAAUUACGGUCUCGGGAGUUGUUUGGUUUGUUUCGUGUAUUGGUUUUUUUUUUUAUAUAUAAACGUAAAUAAUUGGGUUGGGUUGUUUUCAGUAAAACGUCACUGCACUUUGUGUGGUAACAACACAAGCAAUCGAAUAAGAACGCUAUCCUUCCAACGCAUCGGAGAGCCUUAACUUGUGUAUUGCUUUAUUAGCAGCUAAGCAAAUGAGAGGAUUUCGUGACACAUCUUGUAUUUUGAUUGCAACCCCGACCCCCUCCCCCCCUCCCCCUAUUUGACCACACCACUCUUUGGAGCUUGAAACGUACGUUUUUGAUGUCUGAAAACUACUUUGACACUAAGCUGGGGGGGGGGGGUGGGGGGUAAACAGGUGUGUCUUUAGUAGAUAUUUGACAUGCAACAUUUGACAAUGAAAAUUUGACAAGCAAUAUUUGACAUGAAAUACUAUCUUGCCACGCUCUUAAUAUGCGUCGGGCAUAUAUUAUUUGACCCCACCACUCUUUGGAGCUUGAAACGUACGUUUUUGAUGUUUGAAAACUACUUUGGCACUAAGCUGGGGGGGGGGGGGUGGGGUGUAAACAGGUGUGUCUUUAGUAGAUAUUUGACAUGCAACAUUUGACAAUGAAAAUUUGACAAGCAAUAUUUGACAUGAAAUACUAUCUUGCCACGCUCUUAAUAUGCGUCGGGCAUAUAUUACAACAACAGUCUCGAAAUUGGUUCCACAUAUUUUCUAUCUUGAAGUACUUUUAUGGCAUCCAAAGUUCUUCGUAUCAAAUGAAAAUGAAGGUUUUUAUAUGUAUGUUUAUGUGUAUGUUUAUGCUUAUUUUUAAAGGACGGUAAAAAUAAACAAAUAUGAUUCACAGUAACAUCAGAAAUAAUUCAUACCUCAGCACUAUCAGAGUAAAUGUUCGAAUAAAAUAAGAGUGCUGUCACGAUAAUAUCAGAGUACUGUCAGGGCAAUAUAAGAGUACUGUCAGAGCACUAUUAUAGUACUGUUCGAGCGAUUUCGGAGUACUGUCAGAGCAAUAUCAGAAUACUGUCAGAGCAAUAUUAGAGUACUGUGCGAGCAAUUUUGGAGUACUGACAGAGCAUUGUCGGAGUACAGUCACAGAAAUAUGAGAGCAUUUUACGGUAACAUCAUAUGGCAGUCAUAGUUAUAUUAGGCGAACAUCAAAAAAACAUCAGCGUAAUGUAACAGUAGUAUCAAUGUUAAUAUCAACCUAUUAUCGCAGUAAUAUCAGGCUAAUGUAAGAGUAAUAUCUGAGUUAUAAAGUAAUGCCAGAGCAAUAUCAGAGUACUUCCAGAAUAAUUUUUUGAGCACUGUCAUAGUUAAAUCAUAAUUUUGUUAAUGUUGGAUUUAGUACAUCCAGGGUGUUGCCAAGGGUACGGUCUGUCAUGUUGAUCGAAGUAACCAUCUUAAAAACAUAUUAUAAUAACACUGGUCCGUGGUCUUUUAGCCCUUUCAUUAAGACUCGCUCCGUCCUCUCAGUGUUGAUAUACAUUAUAGUCAGGGUACUGCACUCUUUGCUAAGCCAGACUUUAUCCUUUACAUUAACAUACGGGUCACUUUGUGGAAUUACAAUCCUAUAUUUUAUGUCACUUCUCAGAUACCAUGGGGGUAAGCUACCUCCCGUUCAUGACCUUCGUCUACCUUGUCGCCUGCACCGGCCCGGUGCUGGCCAACCCCAUCGGGUGCGACUGGCUGGACGAUCCGGACCCCAACCCGGGGAAACCCGAGUUUGCAGAGGUCCGGUACGAGACCCAUGUCCAGCCGGACAUCGACCGCGGGUACAUACUCUUCCAGGUUGUGGCCACUGACCCGGAUGAGAACGACACCCUGUACUACAGCUUUGAGGACUGCGACUACACGGACUAUGUUGCGAUGGACGAGUCUACGGGAAUCAUAACGGUAUGUGGACAUUCUUCAUUUUGUAUUAGUAAAUAGAAUUGCAUCUUUGCCAAAAAAGAUAGGGGGGGGGGGUGGCUGGGGUUAAAAGAUGUAGUAUAGCUAUUUUUAAUCACGCAUCUCAUUUUAUUUUAUAUACCGUUUGGUGAAGCAAAUUUUUUUUUUUAAAUUAACAUAUUGUUGUUUUUUAAAGUGAUGUGUUUAUCAUUUAACAUGGGAUUUGAUUUGUAGCAAGCCACGUUAAAGUAAUUAGCAAAAUAAGCCACAUAUCACAGGAAAGGAUAAAACUCUCAGCCAUAUUUUUUUAUUGUAAGCUGUACGUCUCCGUUUGUCCAAUUUUGAAUAGCCUCCAAACCCAUUCUAUUGUUUCAAUGAUCAAUGCCUUGAUCGUGUACCUCAGAAUAUGCUAGAAAAAAAAAUAGAUGGUUUUUAAACUUGAUUCUAGCAAGCUUAGAAGAAUUUUUUUGGUUUUGUUUUUUAAAGUAGGUUGCAGAGGGAUCUUGACCUUUUUGAAAAAGAUUAGACAGCGGUAUUGACAAAUUUGCCUGGGCGUCAGUGGCAGGAGGCUAAGUGGUAGUGACAGCUGGUCCACGGGUUGUGACUUAUUGGGUUAGUGGCAGUGAUAGCCUGGUCGUGUGGCACGGCCAGUAUUUACAGUAACCGUGAAAGGUCGGUGUUAUGUAGGACGUGUUUAAGUCACGUUUCCCCCAUGCUGCCAAUCUAGCAGACGCCGCGUUUAUAUUGGGCGUGGCCUAUUCCCUUUUAUCUUGCCGUGUUUACGACUGCUACCAACUAAAAAUAAUUAAUCUGUUCUCAUAGUAUUUUGUGGGAAUUUCGGGAGUGGACUAAAAAAAAUUAACAAUAUAUAAGGCGUUUCUGGAAUGCGUCUUCCGCUGCAUAUAUAAGGGGUUCAGAGAACAUUGAGUGACAGAGAUUCAGAUAUGUUUCACUUCACGAGACAAGGGUAUUAAUUCUGUGUGUACUCAUAUGUGUUUAUUCACAUUCAUCAUUGUGCAUUAUUAAUUGGCACAUUGUAUUAGCUGUAUACCGGUACAAGACAUAUGAUACUCUGUAAGUUAAUGAUUAGUAAUUAUAUUUAUUUUAAUUUGUACUUAUAUUAAUACUCAAAUAAAACAUUAACAAUAUCAUAUUUUUUUCCACUCACAGGUAAAAAAGACUCUUGUGAACAUCUACGCCGUGGAGAUAGAGUGCACGAUCUUGGUCAGGGACAGGGUCAACCUGACGGACGCCACAGUUAAAACUGAUAGGUCGUCCAUCACAAUACACAUCUUUGACCUACGACCCAUUGAGGAGGGCGACACCACAGAGAGCCCCAAGCGUAGUUCAGGGGAGAGUGACGAGUCCGGGGAACAGAGUAAGAUCGGAAGCUCUGAGACAAAACCCAAAGAGCAAGAGAACAAGGAGAAGGAAGAUAAAGAUGUUGGAAAGGGAAACAAAGACAAAGGAGGUAAAGAUCAAGGCACGGGUGGCAAGGGUGGCAAAGAUCAAGGCAAGGGAGGAAAAAAUCAAGGCAAGGGAGGCAAAGAUCAAGGCAAGGGUGGAAAAGGAGUCAAAGAUCAAGGCAAGGGAGGUAAAGGACAAGGCGGCAAAGGUCAAGUCAAAGGCGGUAAAGGUCAAGGCAAGGGCGGGAAAGGUAAAGGCAAGGGCGGAAACGGAAGGGGCGGAUACAGCUAUGACGAGUCAUACGAUGGGAGGCACGGACGCCGUGGCAAACAUCGCAAAGCAUGGCACAGACGACAUGGCCAUGGCGGGAAGUCCAGCAGCUCUGAGAUUGAGUGGGGAUCCCGUAGUGGAUGGGACAGUUACAGUUUCAACGGAACGCACAAUAUCACCGGUGGAAGUCACAGUGUCAGUGGGGUGGAGAGAUCCCACAAGAGAAAAGGAAGUGGAAGUCUUUCGGUUAGGCACGGCCACCGAGGGAGGUAUCGCCACGGGAGAAAGGGCAGACGAGGCCACGGCGAGGGCUCAAGCGGAUCCGAGAGUAGGUGGGGAUCUGAAAGCAGAGAGUACAGUUACAGUGAUAAUGGAACCAGUAACAGUACCAGCGGUAGUUACAGCAGAAAUGGUUUGGAAAAGGUACAUAAAGGAAAAGGAAGCGGCAGCGUUUCAGGGAGAGGCCACAGGCGAGGCCGGUAUUACAAAGGUGGAAAGAGAAGACGAGGCCACGGUGAGGGUUCCCGUUCGUAUGAAAUCGAGUGGGGAUCUCGAAGCGGAGAAUACAGCUACGGUUAUAAUGGAACCAGUAACAGCACUAGUAGGGGUUAUACAGGCAGUGGAUUCGAGAGAUCGCACAAGGGGAAAGGAAGUGGGAGCAGGUCGGGUGAGCACGGCCGCCGUGGGCAUUAUCGUCAUGGAGGAAAGAGAAGACGAGGUCAUGGCGAGGGCUCAAGUGGCUCGUAUGUCGUGUCCGGAUCACAAAGUGGAGAAUACAGUUACAGUUAUAAUGGAACAAGCAACAGCACUAGUAGGAGUUACAGAGGCAGUGGAUUCGAGAGAUCUCACAAAAGAAAAGGAAGUGGAAGCCUUUCCGGUGGGCACGGCCAUCGAGGGAGGUAUCGCCACGGAAGAAGAGGAGGACGGGGACGUGGCGAAGGUUCAAGUGAAUCCGAGAGUGGGUGGAGAUCUCAAAGUGGAGAGUACAGUCACAGCUAUAAUGGUACCAGCAACAGUACAAGCGGUCGUUUUGGAAGUAGUGGAUUUGAGAGAUCUCACAAGGGGAAAGGAAGUGGGAGCAGGUCGGGUGAGCACGGCCGCCGUGGGCAUUAUCGUCAUGGAGGAAAGAGAAGACGAGGUCAUGGCGAGGGCUCAAGUGGCUCGUAUGUCGAGUCGGGAUCACAUAGUGGAGAAUACAGUUACAGUUAUAAUGGAACCAGUAACAGUACUAGUGAGAGUUACAGGAGAAAUAGAUUGGAGAGGCUACAUAAAGGUAAAGGAAGUGGAAGUGUUUCAGGGAGAGGCCACAGGCGAGGCAGGUAUUACAAAGGAGGAAAGAGAAGACGAGGCCAUGGUGAGGGUUCACGUUCAUUUGAAAUCGAGUGGGGAUCACGAAGUGGAGAAUACAGUUACAGCUACAAUGGAACUGGAAAUUUUACCGAUGAAAGCAACAGCUGGAGCGGAGCUGAGAAAUCUCAUAAACGAAAAGACAGUGGGAAUGUGUCAGGAAGACACUAUAGAAGAGGGAGAUACGGAAAAGGCGGGAGAGGAGGCAGGAGACAUAGAGGAAGUGCGGAAGGAUCCGGAGAGGGAAGCGGCUCAAGUUGGAGCUGGGAGUACAGUUACAGCUAUAACGGGUCCAGCAACAGUAGCGCUGAAGGUUACAACGGAACGAGAAGCGAACGAAUUCGAAAACACAAGGGAGGUGACAGUGUCUCGGGGAGACGCCACCGUGGAGGGAAGCAUCACGGCGGUGUCAAGGGAAGAAGGGGUUACGGUGAGGCUUCCCGGUGGUCAGAUAGUGGAGAAUACAGCUACAGUUACAAUGGAACAGGUAACUACACGAGAGGGAGUUACACCGGAAGCGGCGAGGAAAGAUCAUAUAAGCAUAGAGGAAGUGGAAGUGUUUCAGGAUCACGAGGAGGGUAUCGCAGGGGAGGCAAAGGCAGACGAGGUCACGGCGAGAGAUCCGGUUGGUCUGAAUAUGAACCCGGAUACAACACCGAAUGGUAUAGCUAUAGCUACAAUGGGACAAAUAACGGCACCAGCGAGAGUUACAACGGAAGUAGAUCCGAAAAAGAUCACAAGAACAGGGGGCACGGAAGACUCAGUGGAAAGUACCGGGUCAGUGAAAGAUAUGAUAAAGGCGGGAAAAGACGACGAGGUCAUGGUGGAAGCUCCGGUGGAUCCGAUGUGGAGUGGGGCUCAAGGAGCGGAGAGUACAGCUACAGCUACAACGGGACGAGCAACAGCACAAGUGGAAGUUACAGGGGAAGCGGUGUGGAGAGGUCGCAAAAACGGAAAGGACAUGCAAGGCUAUCUGGGAAGGGAUACAGAAGAGGAAAGUAUCGCCAUGAAGGAAGGAGGCACCGCGGCCGAGAGGGCGAGGGCUCGAGUGGGUCUGAAUGGGACUCUUAUGGAACGAGAAGUGGAGAGUACAGCCAAACCUUCAAUGGGACGGGCAACAGCACACGUGAUGGCUACAGGGGGCGUGGACUUGAAAGAUCUCACAAAAACAAAGGUAGCAGUAGCAUGUCAGGAAGGGGUUAUCGGAGAGCAGGUUAUCGGAGAGGAGGAAACCGCAGCGGUGGAAAUAGAAGAAGAGGUCACGGUGGAUCAUCUGAGGGAUCAGAAGUCGAGUGGGGCUCACGAAGUGGAGAGUACAGCUAUAGUUACAACGGGACGAGAAACAGCACUGAAGACAGUUACGGCACUAGCGAGCACUCCAAUAAACAUAGAGGAAACGGCAGAAUUUCUCAUAGACGUGUUGGAGGGAAGCGAGGACGAGGCCAUGGCGAGUGGUCUGGUGGGUCACGUUCUCGUGAUAACGGCCUCAGUUUCGGUUACAACGGAACACGGAAUUUCUCCAGAGAUCGUUCCGGAAGUUACGAUCGUCGUGGUGACCAUCACAGCAGCGGUCGGCACAACACCUCGGAUCAGCUUGCAUCGGAGUCGGGAUCAGGAAGUGUUGAAUACAUCAACAGCCAAGGCUACCGCAGCCGUGAAUACAGCACCGGUGGCGGAUCUGAGAGCACCGAGAAUAGCCAGAACGAAGAGACUGCCAACGGUCCUAAUCUUGGCAAUCAUACUUCAGGUGAGGACCCUGAAAUUGGUUCUGGUCAAGACGAUGACGGGGAGUACCACUACGUGACGAACGAGAAAGGUGAAAGAGUUCGCGUGAGGUGGUCAGAGACGUACAUAAAGGACAACGAAGAGACCGCACAUGUCGAAGAAGGGGGUAGCACCUGGGAAGAGUGGACGGAAGGUUCCGGGAGCGGGUACUACUAUUACUGGGAGGAGUUUUACAACGACGACGGAACGCUUGUUAAGAAAGUUAGAACCGUCAAGGAGGGCGCCGACUAAUCUAAACCCCCUCCCCCAGAUUUCAAACACUGGUGUCGUGGAGAAGGCUUCUUUUUUUAUUUUUAGAUUGGGUGGAGCUGAGUCUGGAAAAUGUCUCCACCAGCGAAUACAAGUUUUACGAAUAGCUGGGAAAAGAUACGAACUGCUUUUUAAAUCCGUUUAUUUAACACAAUAUAUUUAUAUUUUUAAACACAUUUAAAUGUGUCGCCCAUUUGUUGCGAAAUUCCUGAAAUGCUAUUUUUACUUAACGUUUUUUCCUCCCGCACCCACCCCCCCCC